AUCAUGAACGACAACGUUGCGUCAAUGAUCAAAACACUGAGUCACUCUCCUAAUUACUAAAACACUAGUUUUCAUAUAUUAACUCCUGAGUCCUUCCUUCUAUGACUCUCUAACAAUAACACUCUAAAUAGAAAAUGGCUUCUUCAUUCUUGUUAUUCCGGCGAAAUGCUAAAAAGAGCAAUCUCUUAUACUUGAAAUGUCACGUGCGCGCACGUGACUUCUCAGAUAACGGAAAGAAAACAGAACGCAUCGAGAAGAUCCUAAUAGCAAACAGAGGAGAAAUAGCUUGCAGAAUCGCCAGGACCGCAAAGAAGCUCGGAAUUCGAACCGUUGCCGUUUACAGUGACGCCGACAGAGACUCCCUCCACGUGGCAUCUUCUGAUGAAGCUAUACGAAUCGGUCCUCCACCUCCUCGUCUCAGUUACCUCAAUUCAGCUUCCAUUUUCGAUGCUGCCUUGCGUUCCGGUGCUCAGGCUAUUCACCCUGGAUAUGGAUUCUUGUCGGAAAGUGCUGACUUUGCUCAACUUUGUGAAGACAAUGGUCUUACCUUCAUUGGACCUCCUGCAUCUGCAAUCCGAGAUAUGGGUGACAAAAGUGCAUCAAAGAGAAUAAUGGGGGCUGCAGGGGUGCCACUUGUGCCUGGAUAUCAUGGAGAUGAACAAGAUAUUGAUAAAAUGAAGUUGGAGGCGGAUCAAAUUGGGUAUCCAGUCCUCAUAAAGCCAACCCAUGGAGGAGGAGGAAAGGGUAUGAGGAUUGUGCACACUCCAGAUGAAUUUGUCGAAUCAUUCCUUGCAGCACAGCGUGAAGCAGCUGCUUCUUUUGGUGUUGAUACAAUUUUGCUGGAGAAGUAUAUUACACGACCGAGGCACAUCGAAGUUCAAAUAUUUGGGGAUAAGCAUGGGAAUGUUCUGCAUUUGAAUGAGAGAGAUUGCAGUGUGCAGAGAAGGCACCAAAAAAUAAUUGAAGAAGCUCCAGCUCCAAACAUUUCUGCUGAGUUUCGAGCACACUUGGGUCAAGCUGCUGUUUCUGCAGCAAAGGCAGUUAACUAUUACAAUGCUGGGACUGUUGAGUUUAUAGUUGAUACAGUCUCUGGCCAAUUUUACUUUAUGGAGAUGAAUACCCGUCUUCAGGUUGAGCAUCCUGUCACAGAGAUGAUUGUCGGUCAAGAUCUUGUUGAAUGGCAAAUCCAUGUUGCCAAUGGCGACGCCCUUCCAUUGAGUCAAUCACAAAUACCAAUAUUAGGUCAUGCUUUCGAAGCACGAAUCUAUGCUGAAAAUGUUCCGAAAGGGUUUCUUCCAGCAACUGGAGUUCUACACCAUUAUCAGGUUCCGGUCUCAUCUGGAGUCCGAGUGGAAACUGGGGUUAGAGAAGGUGAUACUGUUAGCAUGCACUAUGACCCAAUGAUUGCUAAGCUUGUAGUGCAGGGAGAAAAUCGUGCUGCGGCAUUGGUCAAACUGAAGGAUAGUUUGUCAAACUUUCAGGUUGCAGGUCUACCAACCAAUGUGAACUUUCUUCAAAAGCUCGCUAAUCACUGGGCAUUUGAAAAUGGCAAUGUGGAGACUCAUUUUAUCGAUAAUUACAAAGAAGAUCUCUUUGUUGAUGCUAAAAACUCAGUGUCUGCAAAAGAAGCAUAUGAAGCUGCUAGACGUAGUGCUUCCCUUGUGGCUGCAUGUCUCAUUGAGAAAGAGCAUUUCGUAUCAGCGAGAAACCCCCCUGUUGGUAGCAGCUUACUCCCUGUAUGGUAUGCUUCACCACCUUUUAGAGUCCAUCAUCAAGCUAAGCGCUCAAUAGAACUUGAGUGGGAUAAUGAAUAUGAUAGUGGCGGCAGCUCAAAGAUCCUGAAGCUUACCAUUACUUACCAGCCUGAUGGGAGAUACCUGAUUGAGACAGAAGAAAAUGGAAGCCCUGUUUUAGAAGUUAAAGCAACAUAUGUAAAAGAUCACUCGUUUAGAGUUGAAGCUGAUGGUGUAAUCAAUGAUGUUAAUCUUGCUGUAUACUCAAAGGAGCAAAUGAGGCAUAUUCAUAUUUGGCAAGGGUCCUUUCAUCAUUAUUUCAGAGAGAAACUAGGCCUCGAGUUUUCUGAGGAUGAAGAAUCCCAACAUAAGCCCAGGUCUGAAUCAUCAGCCAUUCCUCAAGGGGCUGUUGUGGCUCCUAUGGCAGGCUUGGUGGUUAAGGUUCUAGCAAAGAAUGAGACAAGAGUAGAGGCGGGACAACCCGUGUUAGUAUUAGAAGCGAUGAAGAUGGAGCAUGUUGUAAAGGCACCAACAUCUGGUUAUGUAAACGGGCUUCAAGUUACAGUUGGGGAACAAGUUUCGGAUGGUAGUGUUCUUUUCAAUGUUAAGGAUAAAAAAAAUGAAUGAGUACAGCUUUAGCCAGGAGUUUGGAAACAGUGACGUGAUUCUGGAAGGAUGAUUAAAAGUGAAGCAAUCAUGUGAGCUUCUACAGUGAUGGCAUACACCACUUACACAGAUGAAUAAACAACACAUUCAAAUUGAUUACUUGUUGAAAAAUCUUUGUAACUCAAAUCCUCAAGUUACAAAGGAUGAAAUAAAAUAAUGCAAGUAGUUCCUCCAGUUGUCAAUAUCAAAGCUAGAAAUUGUUUCAUUUAUAGAUAUUCUUCCACCAGGAGUCUCUGCAUGUUCUUUCAAUGUAUCUCUACUUCAACUUCUUCAACGAUGACUUUCCUUUUAAGAUGAGAAACCCAUUACACGGGUUUAAGAUUUUUUUACAUUUACUACACCACUAGACCUAUGCAUGCAUAACACCAUUCACAAGUGCGAUGAAGGAAAAAGAUGACCCAAAAGAUUUCUAUGAUAGUAAUGUUGCACUCAAGUUUCAAAAACUAAGCCAAUACAAUUGGAAGCAGAAAUUAGUUUGAUAAAGGUUUAAUUCAACACUUAGAUUUAUUUUCACAUAGUAAUUAAUUGAUUUGACGGAUCAAGUUUUUCGUUUUUUUGACAAUUAUAUAUUCUAUUAUAACUUGUAGUGUGAA